UCCGCUCUCCUUUUCUCUCUUCUCUCCACUCAUCAUUGAUCUCGCGACGCUUGUGCGAGCAUGGCCACAAUGACCACUACAUCGGCAGGGCAGCUGCCAUCAGCAUCAGGAUCGGGAUCAGCAUCAGCUGCCGGGCCUAGCUGGGCGAGUGGCAGCAACAGCAGUAACACAGCAUCCAACACCGAAGCGCAGUCUGCAGCAUCGGACGAGCAGUCGGUUGCAAGUCAAAACGCCUCGACGUCUCAGCAUCAUCACAGAAAGGGCAGCAGCAGUGGCUCAAGUAGCACGAACUCACGCAGAAACAAUCCCAUGAAUCCAGCAUUCGGUAUGACCAGCAACGAAGGCCCCGCCGCAGGGCCUUCUCGCUCGCCACCAGCUACCUCAUCCUCCUCUCGCGUCAAGCGUAACCAUAAGUCGUCAGACAGACUCCAUCGAUUGGGCGGUAAUGCUGGCAGCUCUACACAUCUCGCAGGAAAGCGCAACAAAUCUCAUACACAACUAGCCGCAGCAGGCGGCGGUGGCGGUGGUGCUGGCAGCGGCGGUGGUGCCGGCGGCGCAGGAAGGCGCAAGAAGAGCGCAUCGAAGGGGUCGAGAGACGCAGAGGCCACAGGGAGCGGCAAUGAGGAUGGAUGGGCGAGCGCUACGCCCGAGCCUAGCACGCCAAACAGUCCUGCGAGGCAAGCUUCUGGUGAUGAGGAUGACGAGGGCUUGACGAUGGGCGCCAGGAAAAAGCCGACAGCAGCGCCAGCUGUGGCAGCAGCAGCGGCAUCAGCGGCACCACCCGCGUUGAGCUCUGCGAGGGCAGCCCCACAGCUUCGCACUGCUCCAGAAUCUAGGAAAGAAGCAACACCGCCGCCACCAUCGAUGAAUAGGUCAGACACGUCAAAGACACUCGUUGCCGACAGCGACGAGCCGGCUGGCUCUCUUGCCUUCCCUCGAGGUCGGGAGGAAAUGGCGAACGUCUCUUCCUUACCGCUUCCCCGCCGGGGGCGAUCAGAUUCGGACGACACGUUGGGCGGCAAUAACGGAAUCUCUACAACACAGACGUCCUCCUCUGACGCCACGAGAACACCAGACGUCAACGUGCCUGCAGCAGCGGCAACGUCGUCCAGCUCGAGCACCCCCUUGAAAGGCCCAGGCCGUCCGCAGCCUCACCUCCGCAUCAGCUCAAGCGCCUCAAACAAGACCCUCACAGGCAGCCCCUCCUCAACUCUCUCUCGCCUCUCGACGCGGUCCCGCACCCUCUCACUCAUGCCGAGAGACCGCCACGCAGCUGCCCCACCCAUGCUGAGCACACACAACGCGCUUGCUGGCAAUUUGGGAGCUCUUCAGGAGAGGCGAGGAGACGACUUCAUGUCCGUACCCUCUCGCUCGUUCUCAACGGGGAUGACGCACAGUCCAAGCGCGCCUGCGUACUUGCACGAGGGCGGAGGCAAGUCGCUGAGAAGAAUUGGAAGCUCGGCAUCGAUUGGGUCAAACAUCACGCUGCCCGGCGGUUCGGCCACUGUCGGGUAUGCUCAAAGAUCUACUGCUUCUCGAGCGCCGAUUCCGCCUGAGCUAUCAAGAGCGCAUGGCGGCUCUGGUAGUGGUGGCAGUGGCAGCAGCGAGGCAGUAGAGCGACGGCGCACUGAGAGCACACGAAGCCUCACAGCAGCAGACGCUGCCAAGCUAGCGGCGAAGCUGCGUCAGGCAAGGGAUGCCAUGGAUGAGCAGCAGGGCGGCGGAGGCGGCAGUGGCGGUGCAUACGUGGGCGCUUCUGCAGCAAGAAGCGGCGCGUCUGCAUCGUUGGCUCAUGCCUCUCUGGAAGGUAAUCGGCACUCGAAGCCUGUAGUCAGUAUCUUUGCCAAGGAGCAAGAGCGCAGGGGCAAGCCCACUGCCGUUGCUGUCAAGCCCAACUCGGUCUGGUCGGCACAGUUCAUCUCUAGUGGUCAGGUACAAGGACGGAAGGAGGCUGCAUCUUCGCAGCAGCGGCAAAGCACCCGCUACGUUGGCCUCUACGGUCUUGGUGGCCCUCCUAUCGAGAAGACACCACUCAAUGACGCGCUUCUUGCCCCGAGCUUCGAUGGCGAUGAAUUCGAGGCCAGUUGGGCGCCGGCACUCGCGAAUGCAGCAGGCCUAGGUGCUCGCACUUCACACGGCCGGGGCAUCGCCGGUGGUCAUGGCGCAGGUGGAGUGUCUUCCGACUUCUUGGAGGAUGGGACCCCCUUCCACGACCCGACGAUGUCUUUCAGCGGCUCCGCAGCGGUCAACGGCCCAAACGCCACGCCGGUUCACCUCAUACACGGCUUGACGGCAAUCUCGCCUGAGCCAUUUCCGUUGGACCCGGCAGAUGCCCCGACGCUCGAUAUCGCUAGUCACCAUCAACAUCCUCAAUCUGGAUCAAUGUCUGCCUCCCAAUCUUCGUCCCUCAUGGCAGAACCGGCCACUUUGCGGGCCAUAGCGCUCACGAGCCAGGUAUUGUCCACGCAUCGCUCUCAUGAGAUGACGAGGAGGUACUUUGAUCCUAUGCGCGAAGGGCUGGACAGGGCCCUGAGGCCGUCUGCGAGGGCGGCGCUUGCUGCUGCUGCUGCGGCAAGUGCUUCAACGACUUCCUCGGCUUCUCCUGCGGCCGGAGGAGCAGCAGCAGCAGGAAGCAGGGGAGCCACAAGAUCAAUGACUGCGCCCUCGAGCCCUCGCACUGGUAGCGGCAGCAGCGCCGGGGGGCGAUUGACGCCGAACUAUCAGCGACCGGCUCAUCGCUCCUCUGGCCAGUCGCAGUCCCAUCUACACCUUACAUCUCUGGGCGAGGCGGCCGCCGCGGCUGCGAGCUCCAAUCCGGUGCAGGGACUUAAGAGGGUUUGGUCAUCGGCUACUGCUGGGGGAGCAAUGAGUCGUGGUGGGUCGGGCAACUCCAACGUUACGCUUGGAGGGAGGCGAUAGAUACCUUUCGCUGCCCUGAGUGGCUCCUUUGCACUCGUACGGUCUCGUUUCUUACUGUUGUAGCCGUUUAGCCGGGUGGCCCUCGGCGCCUUUCUCCCUCAGCACCCGUCGUCAUCGUCGUCCCCUUUUCCGUAGAAGCGUACCACUCUGAGAGACACAUUGCAUGCAAUCGUUCAACAAUGGCAGGAGCGUGAGAAAAC